GUAUGCACAACACAAAUUAGUCCAUCAUACACACAAAAAACAUCAUCUUUCUUUUAUUCUUAUUUCUCUCUUUCAAAUCCAUUCAUUUUUCUCAAGAAAAAAUGGCCAAGGAUGUCUCUAGUACUUUUCAUUCUCCAUUAUCCAAUAAUGGAGAAAAUUAUGAAUCCUCUUCUAAAUCAUGUGUAGAGAACAAGAGGCUCAAACUCUUUGGUUUUGAACUUGAACCUUCUCCAAAACUCCAAAAGAAUACUAAAGAAGAUCAAGGAGAUCAUGAAAGUGUAAAUUCAUCAUCAGCAUCCACAGUUUCAUCAGGAAGAGAUCAAGAAAAGUUAUUACCUGCAUCAAAUGGUAAGCCUGAUUCUGAGGAAAUAAUGAAGAAAUUUGAGUGCCAAUAUUGUUUCAAACAGUUUGCUAAUUCUCAAGCUUUGGGAGGGCAUCAAAAUGCUCAUAAGAAGGAAAGAAUGAGGAAAAAAAGGCUACAACUUCAAGCAAGAAAAGCCAGCUUAAGUUGCUAUCUUCAGCCUUUUCAAAACAACAAUAAUAAUAUUAACUAUCAGUUUUAUGAUCCUAAUUCUUUCUUUGGGAAUUCUGAUCAGUUUACAGUGUAUGAUGAAUCCCAAAUUAGCUUCAGUCCUUAUGAUCAAGAUUCCCAUGUCAUAGCAGGAAAAUGGCCAUUUCAGCAAGAUUCUUGUAUGUUUACUCUUACACAUGGAGAGAAAUCUAGAGAAAAAUACUCUAGGCCUGCAGCAGUGAUGAAGCCAGAAACUUUGCCUAAUUCAGCUUCUAAACAAAAGUGUAAUUCCUUGGAUCUUCAAUUGGGAUUAGGUUUGCAUUGAGUAUUGCGAAGAGAUUAAUAUAUAUUUGUAGUGUUUUAGUUUAGAAUCUAGAGAUUAAAGAGCCUCAUGCAUGGUCUCUUCAUUUUCAAGAUUUUUAGGUCUAUUUUAUACACUUUGUAAACAUGAAAGAAAUGGCAAAGAAAAAACAAAGAAGAUUUUGCUAAUUCUUUCUUUUUUUAA